AUGAAUGACACGAAGCUCCUGACGCACCUCAAGUCGGUUCAUGCUGCCGCGGAGGACGGGACGACUUCCUACCCUCGCUUCAUCCAGGACCAGCUCAUCAAGCUCCACAACGUACUCUCCGAAUCGCGCGACGAGCUCCUCCAAGCCCUCCAAGCCGACGCGGGCCUAACCACCGCCGAAGCGCACGUCGAACUCGCCGAGACGCUCCAGCUCGUCAAGCGCUUCGCCGUCGAAGAGCUCGACUAUGAGAAGUGGAACAAGGAGAGGAAGAAGGCGUUGAAGGAGGAGGGCGUCAGCAGGAGCGGGAAAGGGGUGGUGGUGGUGGUGGGCGAGGCUGCUGCUCCCGUCUACUCGGUCAUUGGCCCAUUUGCGACGGCAGUGGCAGCCGGGAAUGCCGUCGUCUCUCUCCUCGCCCCGGAGACCAAAGCCGUCUCGUCUCUCCUGGAAACAAAGCUCAGCACCAAACUCGACCGCUUCGCCUACUUCUUCACCCGCUCCGCCUCUCUCUCCGACAUCCUCUCUGUCUCUUCCCUCCCCUCUCCAGCCCUCAUCGUCGGUCGCAAUCUCUCCUCGAUCCCCGACUCCCUCCCUCGCCUGCUCAACACCUCCGGCUCGUCCGGGUCCACCGUCUUGAUUGACCGUCUCUCGCCCGCUGCGCACCAAAACAUCGCCCACCUCGCGCGCCUCAUUGUGCGCGGCAAGCUCCAUGCACUUGGUAGACUGCCAGGUUCGGUCGCCCGUGUGUUGGUGCACGAAGAAUCGGCGGGAGUCGUGUUGGAUGCGGUUGUGCAGGCGCUCAAGGAGGCGUAUGGGGUUGAUGCAGCGCUGUCGGGCGAUUAUGGCCGGAUGAGGGGUGAGUGGGACGGGGAGAAGAAGGUCAGGGCGGAAAGGGAGAAGGGAGAGGGGAAAGUCGUGUGCGGCGGAGCGAAGGGCGCGAAGGAGGAGGAGGGAUACUUCCCGCCGACGAUCGUCGAGCAGCCGAGUCUCACUUUCCUGCGCCAGGACCCGGCAGGUCCGAUCCUUUCCUUCGCAACUUUCGCCUCGCACGAAGAUGCUCUCGUCCUCCUUAGCAAGAUGGACAGCCAGACGCUCUUCCUCUUCUCGGACGACCCGCACAACCUGAACUACCUCGCUGUCGAAGCGGGCGUGCCAACUGUCUACACGAACGACAUCCCUGUCUCUGCACUCUACGAACCCGCUCGCAACCUCACCGAUAUCUCCAACUACACGCUCACGACCCGCAUCAUCCGGCCCCCGUCCGCAUCGUCACCCACCUCGAAGCUCUUCGCGCCCUUCACCUCCCCCCGCCUCUCCGCCCUCACCUCCCUCUUCCCGCGCGAACGCACCCUCAAGUUCAUCCGCGCCAAGCACUCAAACUCGAUUCUCCGAGUCUUCUUCCUCCAGGGACUGUUCAUCAGUGUCGGGACAAUUCUAGCGUGCUUGCUCGGAACGACGGGUUACGGCGCGUACCUUGGUUUCGGGUACUUGAGGAGGCGGUUCUUCCUGUAG